GGAAGUAAAAUCCUCUCAUUUGUUGACAGGAGAGAUAAGGAAGCGGGUGGUCUGGGCGGCUGGAGCGGUGGGACGCUAUCCAUUCUAAGGGCUUCCCGUGACAGCCCACGGUGGUGAUUUGUGCGGCUCUGAAAGCGCGACCGGAAUCUUCAGCGAAAACCGGCUAACGGAGGACGAGAGUCCCUUCUCACAACAAGCGGGCGGAGUGCACUGGUGAAUUUCAGCAGCCCUUUUCGUUCUCGCUCAGUGAUGCCAUCCGAGAGCUGACAGGGGGACUACUGGUGUGCGGGCGCGAGCGCGCGGGGGCACCUGGGACUGCGUGGCACCUUCGACGCGCACAUGCCAACAUGGAUUCGUCAGCUUUGGAGUUGGAUGCUGUCAAGUUUGCCAAAUCGGCUGUUCAGCAUGACCAGAGUGGGAAAUACAAGGAAGCGGUGUUUUAUUACAAGGAGGCUGCUCAGGCCCUGAUUUAUGCUGGCAUGGCGGGAUCAAAACUGGAGAACAUCCAAGAAAAAAUCACGGAAUAUUUAGACAGAGUUGAAGCUCUGCAUUCAGCAGUUGAAGCCCAGGGAGCUGAUCCUUUGAAGUCCAAACAUCAGUUGGACAUGGAGCGGGCCUACUUCCUGGUCACACAGGCCUUUGACGAAGAUGAGAAGGGCAACAAUGAAGAAGCCAUUGAGCUGUACACACAAGCAGUGGAGCUGUGCAUACAAACGGCUAAUGAAGCCACAGACUCAGCCUUCCAGAUGAAGUUAAAGCAGUUGGCUCGUCAAGCUCUGGACAGAGCAGAGAUUCUUAAGGAUUCCAUGUCUAAACCAGUUCAGAAGGAAAAACCAUCUUUGCAGAAAACUUCGAAUCCAGGCCGAAUCUUUCAGCCCUUGGGACCGGACUUCUCUUUGCAAGAUAAAGCGCAGCCAGUGUUUCCCGUCCAGUCCAGCAAACCACAAGGGCAGAAGUACACAUCUGAGGAGAUUGAAGUUUUAAGGAAAACUUCAAAGAUUAAUGGAAUAGAGUACGUUCCAUUUAUGAGUGUUGAUCUGAAGGAGCGUUUUGCCUUUCCUGUACCGUUUUCAGACAAAUGUGGAACGCUGGCAUUGUCCCCCAAACAAAAAGCAAUAUUUUCAAGGUGGGUCCGGCCUGAUGAGAUAUGCAACAACCCAACUAUGAUAUUCACAGUUUCCAGCUUCAGCAUCAAACAGACGGUGGUCUCGGAUUGCUCUUUUGUGGCGUCUUUGGCUAUAAGUGCGGCCUAUGAGCGGCGAUACAACAAGAAGCUGAUUACGAGCAUUAUCUAUCCUCAAAAUAAAAAAGGAGAACCAGAGUAUAAUCCUUGUGGCAAGUACAUGGUAAAGCUUCAUAUCAAUGGAGUUCCCAGGAAGGUGAUCAUUGAUGACUUUCUGCCAGUGGACCGUGAUGGAGAGCUGCUUUGUUCGUACUCCAGUAACAAGAAUGAACUGUGGGUCUCUCUAAUCGAGAAGGCGUACAUGAAGGUCAUGGGUGGUUAUGACUUCCCAGGUUCAAACUCAAAUAUCGAUCUCCAUGCCCUCACUGGUUGGAUUCCUGAGCGAAUUGCAAUGCAUUCAGACAAUCAGGCCUUUAGCAAGGACAACACGUUCAGAAUGCUCUACCAAAGGUUUCAUAAGGGACACGUCCUCAUCACUACAGCUACAGGGGUGAUGACUGAAGAAGAAGGCGAGCGGUGGGGCCUGGUGCCGACUCAUGCUUAUGCUGUCUUGGACAUCAGAGAAUAUAAGGCAUAUCGUUUUCUUCAACUCAAAAACCCCUGGAGUCAUUUGCGAUGGAAAGGCCGCUUUAGUGAGCGCGAUGCGAAGAGUUGGACUCCAGAACUGCUCAAGUACCUCAAUUUUGAUCCAAAGACUGCACAGAAAUUUGACAAUGGAGUGUUCUGGAUUACAUGGGAAGACCUCUGCCAGUACUACGAUGUUAUCUACCUGAGCUGGAGUCCUGCGUUGUUCAAGGAAUCUUCGUGCAUUCACAGUACUUGGGAUGCAAAGCAGGGUCCCGUCAAAGACGCCUACAGCCUGGCAAACAAUCCCCAGUAUAGGCUGGAAGUUCAGUGCCCUCCAGGAGGGGCAGCAGUGUGGGUCCUGCUCACCAGGCACAUCACAGACAAGGAUGACUUUGCACAAAAUCGAGAGUUUAUCACCUUAGUUGUUUACAAAACUGAUGGCAAGAAAGUUUACUACCCAUCUGACCCUCCACCAUUCAUCGAUGGCGUUCGCAUAAACAGCCCUCACUAUCUCACCAAAAUGAAGCUGACGGCUGCGGGGACACAAACCUUCACUCUGGUGGUAUCCCAGUAUGAGAAACAGAAUACCAUCCAUUACACCCUUAGGGUCUACUCAGGAUGCAAGUUCAGUUUUUCAAAGAUUCCGACUCCCUACACUCAGUCCAAAAGGAUCAAUGGCCAAUGGAAGGGGCAGAGCGCCGGUGGUUGUGGGAAUUAUAGAGAGACUCACAAGAAUAACCCGAUCUAUCAGAUGCAGAUAGAGAAGUCGGGUCCACUGCUGAUUGAACUCCGAGGCUGCAGGCAGUACAGCGUGGGCUUUGAACUCCUCACUGUCUCCAUGGUGACCGAUCCCGGACCCUCCGGCUUUCAGAAGAAGAACAGCGGAGAUUACAGGUGUGGAUUUUGCUACUUGGAGUUGGAGGCGAUUCCUGCCGGCGUUUACAACAUCGUUCCCAGCACCUUUUUGCCCAAUCAGGAGGGGCCUUUCUUCUUGGACUUCAACAGUGCAAUGCCAAUCAAGGUCUCUCAGCUCCAGUGACGGGUGGUCCCGCUGGUCGGAUUGAAGGUCCACCCUGAAUUCAAAAGCGCUGGAGUGUUGAGGGGCCCUCGAGGAGCCUGGCAUGUGGAUUGAGGGGGCACCGAGCGCCGUCUGUGUGGUCUUGGGGUCUGUCGUUUACUUUUAGGAAGAUACGCAAGUUUAGUCUGAAACCCCUGAAAUGGCCGUGCAAUGGGAGACGAUCCGUUAGACGAAAAAGAAACGACGGCCAUCGAGCGAAUCACGAGGCUCUGGCCACGAGGACUGCUUAUGUGAUUAUGGAAGAUAAAUUCAUUCUUGUCUAAAACGCA